GAGGCGCUGACCGGGUGCCGAGAGGGCGCUGUGUGGAGUGCGACUCCCCCCCUCCCCAAAGCAGCAUUCGUGCUAAAGGACACAGACCGUCUUGUCCUGGAGUGAAGCUGACCAGCAGAGGGUGCACGAGCUUUCCCAGGAGCUGGCCUCAAAGACUAGGCUGGGCAGACCUGACUGGUGUCAUCUGCGUUUGCUGCCUGAUGAUUAACAAGUACUAUAAAUGAAAAGGUUGUGGCACACCAAAAACAGUUACCAAAUGGAAAGAGAGAGCAGCCGUAAUGUCAGAUAACAAUGUGGUACUUACCCGCCAUAGCUGGUGAACAGGAAGUUUCUAGGUACUGAUUAAGAUGUAUGUGAUUUGGAGGAAUUCUGUUUCCUGUCUAAGGAUAAGAAAGGUGCUACGUAGAUUCCAAAGUGGUAAUCACCCAGUUGUCCCUCUGGGAUCAAGGAUUUUAACGGACCCAGCCAAAGUUUUUGAACACAACAUGUGGGAUCACAUGCAAUGGUCUGAAGAAGAAACAGCAGCAGCCAGAAAAAAAGUAGAGGAAAACUCGGCUGUGCGAGUCCUUCUAGAAGAACAAGUUAAGUAUGAGAAUGAAGCUAGUAAAUAUUGGAACACAUUUUAUAAGAUUCAUAAGAAUAAGUUUUUCAAGGAUCGUAAUUGGCUCUUGAGGGAAUUUCCUGAAAUUAUUCCAGUUGAUCAAAAAACUGAACAGAAGUUGCAAGAAUUAUCAUGGGAUCCUGCAAAAACUAGUGCUGCCGAUGGUUUCUCAAGAACACGCUGCCCUCCUGUGCCUGAAGAAAAAAAUCAUAAUCAGAAAAGGUGUGGCUCAUCAGACAGGCAAAGCCAAGCAGGAUCACAGUUUUCCAGCCUAGACUCUGAAGAACACAGAAAAGGACCUCUGAAAACAGAAUUGUUUCCCGGGAGCAACGCCACUUUCAGAAUCCUAGAGGUUGGCUGUGGAGCUGGAAAUAGUGUUUUUCCAAUUUUGAAUACUUUACGGAAUGCUCCAGAGUCCUUUCUUUAUUGUUGUGAUUUUGCUUCCGGAGCUGUGGAACUAGUAAAGUUGCACUCAUCCUACAGAGCAGCCCAGUGUUGUGCCUUUGUCCAUGACGUCUGUGAUGAGGGCUUACCCUACCCUUUUCCAGAUGGGAUCCUGGAUGUCAUUCUCCUUGUCUUUGUGCUCUCUUCCAUUCAUCCUGACAGGAUGCAAGGCGUUGUAAACCGACUGUCCAAUUUACUGAAACCUGGAGGAAUGCUGUUAUUUCGGGACUAUGGAAGAUAUGAUAAGACUCAGCUUCGUUUUAAAAGGGGGCAUUGCUUAUCUGAAAAUUUUUACGUUCGAGGAGAUGGUACCAGAGCAUAUUUCUUUACAAAAGGGGAAGUCCACAAUAUGUUCUGCAAGGCUGGGUUAGACGAGAAGCAAAAUCUGGUUGAUCGUCGCUUACAAGUGAAUAGGAAAAAACAAGUGAAAAUGCACCGAGUGUGGGUUCAAGGCAAAUUCCAGAAACCAUUACACUUGACUCAAAAAACCUCCAAAUUGAUAUUUUCACUCCUUUCUCAUGGCUGAAUUAUGUACCAUGUUAAGGUACAAACCAGAGGAUUACACUGUACAAAGACUUCCGUAGAUCUUUCAUUUUUGAAAGGACAGUCAGAAGAAAAGAGAAUUUGUAUAUCCUGCUGUUUAUCAUGGGUGAGCUCUUUUGUUUAAGCACUCGUAAAUGAUUUGGAAGAGUGUACCAUAUUCUGUGUUUUCAAAGCUUAAUAUGCUCAAGCUUGUUUGGGUUUAUUAUGUCUAACCAUUUUGUUUGUACUUUGAAUUUUAUAAGCUUUCAAUUAAAUUACUGAUAUAAGUCAGAUGA